AUGAGCUGCUUCCUAGAAGGGCACGUCGGGGCACUACUGACGGCUUUGGGCAGUCGGAAGGCCGUCGAGGAGGAGGGCAUAGGCAGCGACAUGACUCUGGCGGAAUGCGUAGCGAUACACGGGGAGGCGAGGGGGCAGAUCCUCUACAGAGGGUAUGCGGGAGGAAGUGGCGAUGUAACAGAAGAAAAUCCAUCUAGAGGACCUCAGAGUGGGUCGCCUGUUGCUACGACACCUGCCGAGCCGUUGCCUAGCUCGACUACUACCCCGGCCACUACAGACCCCCAAGUGACGCCACCUUAUCUGAGACCUGUCCAGGGGUCAUCGAGGGGCGAGGCUGUGGAGGGAGGGAAGACGGGCCUCUUUGAUGGGUCGGAGGAGGAGGGGGAGACUCCACGCGGAGAGGCGACGCGUGAAAGCGAUGGAGUUGGUGAUGUCCAGGGGGGCGUGGAGGACCUUACCCCUGAAGAACUUGAUAGCGGCUUCGAGGAAAUGAGCUCAGUAGGGGAUGGCGAGGAGGUUAUCGAGAGCCAACUGGAUGCGGAGGUCGGAGAUGUCUACAUACCGCCGAUUGGGACGACCCCGCCUUGGGAGGAUCCUCGGAGGCGUCGAAUAUUCAACAGCCCACGAGCCGGGCGUAUCGAGUGCUUCUACUUGGAAGAGGAUGGAGAGAGGACAAGGAUCUGCGAACAGGGUGGAGCCAGACUGCGCUGGGUACCACGGGAGCUCGUGGCCAGACAUAGAGGUCCUGCAGGAUCGGCAGAGCUAUUCGAUAGAUUUGGUGAUGAUGAGGAGGAGGAGCGGGAUGACGGAGAUGAUGCUGAUCUCGACACGGUGUUCCGACGACGAUGCACUAUUCCUGUCACUCCCAGGGGCCGACGACGCCGUGUACGCUCAAGCCCGAAGAUAUCGAGUCCGCUACGAUUCAUCGAGAGUAACGUGGCACUAGGGGAAGUGCAGCAGGGCCAAGCGAAGAGGCUGAAACGAUCGAUGUCAACAACUAGCAAGCGGGCCAGCAAUGAGGGCAUAUCGGUUACUACUACCAUACUGCAGCAGUGGAAGCUAUUCGAGUUUCUAUGCUCCGCCAGCCCGACCCAGUGGGUAAGGGAGAACAUCGUGGAAGCGAGCGACCCUGAGAUACGACGGAUUGUUAAGGACGGCUCACACGGUAUCAUCCCGGACGAGGAGCUGAUGAUUUUAGCUCGCGAUGGGUGCUCAAAGACACCUGCUGUUCGUAUAGCUGCACUUAUGGCUCUACUAUCGAGUGGCACGGCAACCCAGAAUGGAGAUCGGUGUGGUACGCUUGCGGCCACGGUGAUUGAGGAGUUGAACUCCGGAACUGCUACCAUCGACAUGGGCAUCGUAAUUCUGUUAGCUGUGUGUAGGCAGAUAUCCGAGUCGAUCUCGGCCGCCUUGGUCAAGAACGCCAGAGCCCUCACGGUAUUCACUCUGGCGGCCCUAGUGCGGGUUCGCGUUCUAUGGAGUGCUCUCGACCUACCCCUACCACUCGGUCUUGGGCAGGCUGUUAUUGAGGUCUCCGAGGAGGAAGUCCUUCGAGAUGUUCGCUUUAAGAAUGCCACGCUGGGCGAGCGCCUCACUGGUGGCCUGUUGGUGGUGUGUGGGAAGUGCCUCAUGAUCGGCUCGCCGGCGGAGAUGAAGUUGGCAACCAUUUUGCCGUGGUUAGCUGUGAGUGGAGCCAAGCCAGUGGUGUCCUAUCAUCGACCUUCAGAGGAGGGGGUGCUCGAACCAUCAGAGCCGUCUGCUUUGUUCACCAGGAGUGAUCGAUUCCCCGAGAGCGCCAUCCUCUAUGCCUGUCGAGCUAUGAUGAGUGCUGGGGGGUGCAGUAUUGCCGUCAGUGACUCGUUCACUCCAACCCACUCGCUGCAAGUUGAGGUCUACUAUAAACUCCUGUUGGAAAACGGAUGCGACAAGAACUCGCUGUUCAUGCAUCUGGAGCAAUGGAGCGCUGGAUCGCCACAAGUGGCCAACUCGCUACUAGAAAUCAUCAUCCGCGAUUAUCCACAGCGAUGUCACGGGACAAGGCUGUGGGAGAAGGUAGACGACGCGGAUCUCUACCGUCUGAUCAGCAAGCUACCUGCCUCUGGGAAACUAGAAGAAGGAGUCCUUCGAAGGCUAACUCCUCCUCGGACGUGGCUAGACAGAGUACGCCUCUCGCCGAAAACAGUCGAGGUGGCCUGGGAUUUGUCACGCGCAAUCACUGAAGCUUUCUGUCACACGAGAGCCCUCGAUGAUGGGAAGAACAGACAGGAGAUGGAAGCUGCUGUGCAGUUCCUCGUCGACACACUGCCAGGGUUACUGCGAACAGGAGACAUCCGCCCAGGGCUCCUAUUGCACUGUGGCGGUCUGCUCGAUCCAAGGCACAUCAUGACGUGGAAAACGAAGUACUGGCCUGAACCUCGCCUCUACUGGACGCUGUUGUCAAAUGAGCGCCUCCUCAACUGGUAUGCUGAUAACAAGCCCGAAGCUGAGAUCCUUCGCUACGCUCGAGACCACUCUGGUAUACGUACUCUCCCACCGGCUUUGUUCACCACAAUGUCCGACAACACUCGUCGGACAGCGUCUAUUGUGGCAGAGCUGUUCUAUGCCAAGCUCCUUGAGGUUUGGAAGAACCCUGACGUUGAACGCGGCCUCCACAGAGCAACGGUUCUUCGGUGGAUAUUCACACAAGCUGAAGCCCCUCCAGAAGCUUCUAUCAAAUGUAUUGAAGGGUGUUAUAAGGAUGCGUUACUCAACUGGCUGACGACCAUCCCACUGCGACCGCCAGCUUUCGUCAUCAACCGAAUUCAGAGUCUUAUCGAUUGA